AUGGCCCUUUUCCUCGAGCCAAAGAAUUUUCGACCUCCCCCGAGUGUUGCACGAGAAAGACGCGAGGAGCCUCGUCAUGGCGAUCUGCUGAAAAGUCUGACGGUGGAUCUCAUUACCACCUACCAGCAGUGCUCCACGGACUUUGUGUACAGUGACAACACGGCCCCCAAACGCGUUCUGACGAAGCUUUCAAAAGGCGUUUACAAUGACAACUUUGACAACGCUGAACACGACUACAUUUGCAGAGUCGGGGACAAAAUCGUGAACCCCGACGGCCAUGCCUACGAAAUCCUUGAGCGGUUGGGACAUGGCACUUUCGGCCAGGUCUUGAAGACUCAUCAUUCGACUUCAAACAGUCAUGUGGCUUUAAAGAUCAUCAAGAACAAACCAGCCUACUUCCAUCAAGCGCUAGUGGAAGUCCGCAUUCUGCAGAUGCUGAAUCAGGAGUUUGACCCUGAUGACGACAAGCGGAUUGUGAGGAUGCUGGACUUCUUUGUUUACAGAAAGCACUUGUGCAUUGCUUUCGAACUGCUCAGCGUGAACCUCUAUGAGGUGCUGAAACAGAAUUCAUUCCGUGGUGUGUCCAUGGCUUUGAUCCGCGUGCUCACAGAUCAGCUUCUCAAGGCCUUACGUUGCUUGCGGGACGCUUCCGUCAUCCACUGCGAUUUAAAGCCUGAGAACGUGCUUCUCAGCAACAUCCACCACACUCGGAUCAAGCUGAUCGACUUUGGAUCUGCUUGCUUCGAGAGCCACACGGUGUAUCCAUACAUCCAGUCCCGCUUCUACAGAUCACCUGAGGUUCUACUUGGAGUGCCCUACACCAGUGCCAUUGACAUGUGGAGCCUCGGCUGCAUUUGUGCGGAGCUUUUCCUGGGCCUGCCGGUUUUCCCUGGGCACAGCGAAUACAACCAGGUCUGCAGAAUCGUGGAGGUGCUUCGCUUGCCUCCCUCGAGCCUUCUUGAUGCUGGGCGCAACACUCGGAGAUACUUCCGGAAGGAAGCCGUGGCGCCCCAGGUGGACAAGGAGGACGGAGCUGAAGGUGCCAGCAGCGAAGACCACUCUCAGGCACAGGAUCCGCGUGAGGGGGAGGCGCAGUCCAGCUCGCAAGGCGGUUUGGCUGACGAAGAUGCGAAGCGCGCACACGAAGAUCCCAACGAGCUGCCAAAGUCCAAAAGCCCGGAGCAAAAAGCCAUGAGCCCCAAGGGCGAAGACUCUUUCUGCGUGGUCUCUGGUGCUGGAGGGGAUGGUAGCAUUUGCAACGGUGAGUACCGCAAGGUGGGUGACCACAACGACAAGCCAAUGUACAAAAAAAUCGGCGGCAACGCCAUAAUUUACUUCGACGAAUCGUGGAAGAUCAAUGCCUGCAUCGACACUGGUGGUUGGUACUACAUUGCACCAGAUGCCGCAUCUUCUACGCCCCCUGAAGGCCAGUGGACGACAGAUCCGUCCAUGAAGGAUGCGCACCCACCACCCGUUAUCUCGACUCGCAAGGCGGCCUCCAAGAGUGGCAGCUUCCUGGACCUCCUGAGGCAUCGCUUAGGAUGGGAAGGGAUGGGAAAUGUGGAGACAGACAAGCCCUGUGCAUCCGAUGCACCUGAGCCGAAUGCCACGGCUGAAGCCUCGACAGCCACUUCCGCUGCCCUGGAAACUCAGGAUGGCGGCAGCGUGCAUGGAGGGCGCCGCCUGGGAGAUGAGCGAGACACCACAGAGGCCAGCGAAAAGGAAGCAUCGAGUUUCAGUGACGCUGCCUGCGCUCAUGCGGAGCUCAAGCGGAAACUCCCGAGGCAAAAGUCCAAGCGCCAGACCGCCUGGCGCUUGAAAACAAAGGAGGAGUACGAGCGCGACGAGCACAAGAAGGAGCCCGUUCCGAAGAAGUACUUCAACUUCUGCUCGCUUGAGGAGAUGGUGAACAUGGUGCCCUUCCGCAGCAACCUCGGCCGCCGCAGCCUGAAGGAGGAGCAGGAUCGGCGCCUGUCCUUCCUCCAGUUCCUUACAGGUCUUCUGCAGCUCAACCCGGACUAUCGCUGGACGCCCAUGCAGGCGUCGGAGCACCCGUUCAUCAUGGGCUACCACUACGACCCAGACUGGCGACCAGCUCUAGAUCGCCCUGUGCCAUCUUUCAAGCAGGCUGUGCCACCUAGUCGGUUGGCAGAGCCAGCGUCUGGGGUGGUUCCCCUUCUGCCCUCUGCAAAGCUGAGACCUGCUCCCGGGAGCGGGGAGGUAGCUGAGGGGACCGGGGGCGGCUCUGCACGUACCUGUGACGAGAAGAAGAUGGGCCCAGGCCUCGAGGAGGAGCAUCCUCAGAGUGCUCCUGCGAGCACGCGGGACAGCAUGGGCCAGAGCAAGAGCGCCGAGCUGGCAGGAGCAGGCUCAGACGCGAAGGUUCCGAAGGCUGCGCUGCGUGGACUCUGGGGUCACCUCUGCAUGGGCAUACCUUUGCCUGAUGACAAUCCAGCAGAGAGCUAUCGCCCGCCAAUCGACAAGAUGUCGGAGCGCUUCUUCAGCUCCUUCAUGGAGAUGGCGGAAGAACGGAAGCGGCGCAGCUCCACUGAGACCAGCGAGGCUGCUGACUUUGGUGGGGCAAGCCCGCCCAAGGCGAGUGCCGGAGCGUCCUUCUGCUCCUCGGCUUCGUCCACAGGGUCAACCCCCACCGGCCGGCACGCAAUGCAGCGGACGGUGGCAUCACCCUUGCUGAAGAACCUGCCAAGCGACCUUCGGCUUUCUGGCGGGCGGCCGAAUCUCGGAGGAACUGCUCCAACGACUUCACCUCACGGCUCCUUGGCCUCGACAGCCGCUGGGCCCAGCCUUGGCUCCGGCCGUCCUGCCUCCGGGCCGCUGCGAGGUGGCAGCGGUGCAAGCGGGCUUGGCCCCGGGCGUGCGAGCCGCGGCGGCAGCCGGGGAUCCUCGCCCUGGCACCUGCCCUCCCCCAUGUCGGAGCUGUCCACGGCCUCCGAGCGCCUCAACUCCUCGCAGCCCUCCGGGAGCGACUCCUGCGGUGAGCCCGGGUCAGAUGGAGCCUCUGCUUUCGAGGAUCAGCGCCACUCAGAAUCGGAGGGCUCACCCUUCCCCGGUCCGUACGGUGGAGGAUCUCAAGUGGAGGCAAAGGACAUCAGCGCGACGAUGUGGGAAACCGUCAAGCACGAGAUGAGUCGGGUGGAGUUGGGAAGAGAUCGCCUGCCACGGCGACUUGACAUUCAGAGCCCUGGAACGACAGGUACGCUUCCUUUUCGCGAAGCGAUUGGCAUGAACGACAAUGGCCCGGUCAUCCCGCGACGGGACCCGCACACCAUGAGGACACCAUCCUCCUCGUCGCAGACCAACCCCAACGAAGAGCCCGGCGGGCCUGCUGCCGGCUCUCAGGGGUCGAACUCAGGUUCGAACCCGGGCCUCAGCGUCCUCAAUGCGAUGUCGCGAUCCGUAGAUGGGCAUUUGGGACUUGGUGGCUUCACUACUGGAGCCACCAGUUCAACACGACGGAAGGGCAAGCGCCCAUGA